AUGACCCGCCAGUAUAGUAGGAUUGCCAUCAUCGGUGGCGGGUGUUCGGGGCUAGCCGCUGCCAAGGCAUUGGCGCUGGAACCCCACCAGUUCACCAUAGAUUUGUUCGAAAGACGAAACCAAUUGGGAGGCAUCUGGAACUAUGAUGUCGACAAAGCCAGGUUCCGACCCAGCGUGCCAUCCACUCACAAUGGUGCCCGAGAAUCAGUGGGGCCCGGUGGCCUGGGAAACCAGUUUCUUUCUCCCAUGUACAGCCAGCUCGAAACCAAUCUCCUCAAAGACGUGAUGGAGUUCAAGGAUGUCAAGUUUCCUUCGACGGCUCCUGAUUUUCCGUCGAGGAAUGAGGUGUUGGAUUAUGUUGUUCAAUACUCCAAAACCAUCCCUUCUGGGGUGAACUUUCAUUUCCUGGCCAAUGUGAUCUCAUUAACAAACAACGCAGAUUGGGAGCUUGUUGUUCAGGGCACCCAUGGAACGGUGGCUUCCACCUUGCACUAUGAUGCCGUAGUAGUUGCUAAUGGUCAUUUCGAUAUUCCUUACAUUCCUGACGUCCCUGGGCUCAAAGAAUGGGACGAACUGAGGCCCAACUCAAUCAGCCAUGCAAAAUACUUUGAUGAUGGUAGCAAGUUUGUGGGGGAAAAGGUACUUGUGGUAGGUAAUUACGCCAGUGGCUCCGAUAUCUCCACCCAGUUGUCAGUAUAUGCCGAAAAAGUCUAUGUGUCAACCAGAGAUCCCGAAAACACGACAAGAAUUCCUCAUCAACAAGUAGAACACAUCGGACUAGUGACCAACUAUAGGGCAAGCACUCGGCUGAUAACAACAGAAGAUCUAACUAUCGACAACAUCGACCACAUAAUCUUUUGUACUGGUUACCUCUAUGACAUUCCGUUUUUGAAGUCCUAUCCUGAUGUGAUCACCGAUGGAUUGCAGGUGCACAACCUCUACAAGCAGAUAUUUUACAUCAACGACCCAAGUUUGGCAUUUGUGGCCUUGAACAAAUUUAUUGCACCAAUGCCAUUUGCAGAGUCACAGGCUGCUCUCAUUGCUCGAGUAUUUAGUGGACGCUACUCCCUUCCCAGCCAAAAAGAAAUGGACCAGGAAUACAGCGCAGAAUUGCAGGCCAAGGGCUCGGGUAAAGCAUUUCACAACUUGAAAUUCCCCGAGGAUGUUGAGUAUUGCAAUCAUAUUCUUUCGUUGUUGAAGAUCCAGGGCGUAGAAGACGGUUUCGUGGGCUACUUCUGGGACGAGCACAAGAAACAGGAAAGAUCGACAAGAAACAAGGAAUUGAAGAAUGCUCGUACCUUGAAGUUGGUGGAACUAGCAAACCAGCGAAGGAAACUGCUAAAAAUCGCCCAGCAAACUAAUUAG